GACCGCGUAGAAUCACCGCCAUGACUGUUUGCAUUUGAGUCCAGGCGCUUCUCACCCCACCGAGGGAAUCGAGAACCCUAAACUCAGAGUCCUCAGUCUUUGCAAUUCCAUGGCGGAUCUUGACAAGCCGGCUCCCGAGCCAAAGCGCUCUUGGGCGGACGAAGCGGAAAACGUUCCACCGUCGUCGUCCGAGACGACGGAGACAGUUGCGACACCGCCGAUCGCCGAGGCAGUUGAUCGGCUCUCGAUCGGAGGAGAAGACAAGACGGAGGAGACCAAAGGGUUGGAUUUGUCAGAUGAUUCCGAAAUCAAAGCUGUUACCACUGGAAAUACAAUAUAUGCCUCUGCGUCAACUUUCGAGGAGUUGAAUUUGUCUCAGGAGCUCCUUAAAGGGUUGUAUUCAGAGAUGAACUUUAGUAAGCCAAGCAGGAUACAGGCCGUUAGUCUUCCAAUGAUCCUAACGCCACCAUAUCGUAAUUUGAUAGCACAAGCACAUAAUGGUACUGGAAAGACCACAUGUUUUACUCUUGGUAUGUUGGGUCGAGUGGAUAUGAAACAAAAGGUGCCUCAAGCAAUUUGUGUCUGCCCAACAAGAGAACUAGCGAUUCAGAAUGAAGAAGUGUUGCUAAGGCUGGGCAAGUAUACUGGUGUAACUUCGUUAUGUGCUGUAGCUGGGCUGCCACGAACUCCUAUCACAGCACAGGUUGUAAUUGGGACUCCUGGCACACUAAAGAGGUGUAUCACAUCAGGACAGUUGAGUACACGUUAUAUGAAGAUACUUGUAUUUGAUGAAGCUGAUCACAUGUUGGCCGAGGAUGGAUUUCAAGAUGAUUCUUUGCGGAUCAUGAAGUACAUUGAGAGAAGCACUGCAAAUUGCCAGGUGCUUUUGUUUUCUGCAACAUUCAAUGAAAAUGUAAAAGAUUUUGCUUCUAAAGUUGUGAAGGAUGGCAAUCAGUUGUUUGUAAAGAAAGAAGAGCUUUCACUCGAAUCGAUUAAACAAUAUAAAGUAUACUGUCCAGAUGAGCUUGCAAAGAUUGAACUACUGAGAGAUAGGAUCUUUCUGGUGGCAGAGAAGUUGGCACAAACUAUAAUUUUUGUGAGAACAAGGAAAAGUGCAUCUGAUCUGCAUAAGACCCUAUCAGAUGCUGGGUGGAGCUGUACGGCUAUAUCAGGCAACCUUGAGCAAGAGAAGAGAGACACACUCAUCAAGGAAUUUAGAGCAGGGUUAACUAAAGUUCUCAUAUGUACUGAUAUUCUUGCUCGGGGGUUUGAUCAAUCUCAGGUUAAUUUAGUUGUCAAUUUUGAUCUCCCCGUUAAGCAUUAUGGCGGGCCUGACUACGAAGUAUACCUGCAUAGAGUAGGGAGAGCUGGGCGUUUUGGUCGUAAAGGAGCAGUGUUCAAUUUGAUAUGCACUGAAAGGGAUAAGAAGGUCAUGGAUGAUAUCGAGAAGUACUUCCAGCAUCAUGUAGCUGAGAUUCCCUCUUGGCAAAGUGAAGAAGGAUUUGAAGCUGCUCUGAAAGAAGCUGGUUUAAUAUAAUCUUUAUAAGGCGGUUGACCUACAUUGGGGGCACAAGGAUCUUAAUGUUGCAAAGCUUUCCUCAGUAUUGCUCUGAACUUCAGAGGUUUGAAUUAUAGGCCAUUCAUCCGGGAACAAAAUGGAAAGAUUAUCCUUUGGAUGAUAUGUAAUGUCGAUGGCAUGCAUCGGCAACCUGAAGAGCUCCACUCAAUAGUAGCAUCUGCGGAAGCAGAACAAACUGGUUGGAGACCUAAGUUAUUGGUUUCAUGUGAUGUGUGUAUGGUGCUAAAAUUUGGACUUUGAUUAUGUGGGCGAAAAAAUGAGAUAUCCGGUUGGGGCUUUUUCAUUUGUCA